GUAGGUGUAGUGUAAGGAUCUCGGAAGCAGUCGCGGCUCAGACAUGCUCCCUUCCAUAAGGGUCGCGCUUCGUGUAUCGCGCCGAGGAGGAGGUGCCACAGGAGCCGGAAGCCGGUGACAAAAAGAAAGCGCGGUUCGUGGGGAUUAGUUCCUGGGUCUUGUUGGUCCAUCGCUUCGGCGCGGUUCUUGUUCUUGGCCUCCUUCCUCCCAAGUUGCAGCGCUCCGGAGAGUGUGGUCAUGAACUCUUCCAGAGGUUGCUGAACAGAGGCACAGAAGCAUCGGCAUUGGUGCAGAGGUCUCCGAGGAUGGAUCGCCGGAGCUGGCUGUGGCGGCGGAAGUCGGCGGACAAGAACCCCGCCGAGACCGAGACCUCGGCCUCCUCAGCAUCCGAGAGGUUCACUGAUGAACAGGAUGCUGUAAAGAGUUCUCCAAAAUCUACUCAAUCGCCAGAGAUCUCAUCCAAGGAAUUGGAGGACGGCAACAAUGUAAAGGUAAAGGUACUGAACGAGAGGCUGUCAUCAGCAGUUCUGGAUAUCCGUGCUAAGGACGAUCUCGUGAAGCAGCAUUCCAAAGUUGCAGAGGAAGCUGUUCUAGGAUGGGAGAAGGCCGAGAAGGAGAUCGCAUCACUGAAGACGCAGCUGAACGCUACAACCGCCAAGAACUCUGCACUGGAGGACCGGCUCGUCCACCUCGACGGCGCCCUGAAGGAAUGCGUCCGGCAGCUCCGGCGCGCCAAGGAAGAUCAGGACCAGACGGUGCAGGACGCGAUGGCACAGCAAGCACGGCAAUGGGAAUCCAAGAAGGUCGACCUCGAGCUGCGCGUCGUUGAGCUCACGGCGAGGCUGGAGGCCAAGUCUGAGCGCUCGGUGGCCACCAACGGCGACACGGGCUCCAGGCUAGCCGCCCUGGAGAAGGAGAACUCCGCCCUGAAGGUCCAGCUGCUCGCCAAGUCGGAGGAGCUGGAGCUCAGGACCAUAGAGAAGGAGCUGAACAGGCGGGCCGCGGAGACGGCGAGCAAGCAGCAGCUGGAGGGCAUCAAGAAGAUGGCCAAGCUCGAAGCCGAGUGCAGGAGGCUGCAGGCGGCGGCACGGAGACCCUCGUUCAACGUCGAGCUCAGGCGCACCUCGAGCUCGGUUUGCGCCGAGUCUGUGACGGAUUGCCAGUCGGACUGUUCGGACUCAUGGGCCUCGUCUCUGAUCACCGAGCUUGAUCAGUUCAAGAACGACAAGGGCAACGCGAGCACGAGGAGCGCAAGUCUUGCGACCGCGGACGUCAGCGUGAUGGAUGACUUCCUCGAGAUGGAGAGGCUCGCCUCCGCGGACAGCUCAUCGAAAGGCGACGCCGAAGACGCGAGCGGGCAGCUGGUGAAGCUAGAGGAGAAGGUCAAGAAGUUGGCAGCCGAGAAGGCCGACAGAGAGAAGGCAUUGCACGAGUCUCAGCGCGAAUUGAGGGCUUCCCGCCAUCGGGUAAUGGUGACAGAGGAGAAAUCAGCUGAAUUGCAGAGGCAGCUGAACCUUGCCAAUGGCGAGAAGCAUGCCAUGGAGGCCGAGAUGGAAGCCGUCGAGGCGAGAAGAAGUGAGCUUGAGGGUAAACUUGACCUUGCCCGUGCCGAGAUCGCCAGCUUGCUGGACAAGGGGAGCGUCCUGUUGGAACGGCUUGAGUCCGAAAAGGCACUGACGCUGGAGCUCGCAGCUAAGUAUCAGGAUAUAGAGGCACUGGGAGCAGAGAAGAGAGAGCUGUGCGCUCAGUUGGAGGCAUCACGGUCUGAAGCCAAGCAGUUUAGUGACAAGAUCACUUUGUUAGAGAAGAAACUGGAGGUGGAGAGAACCUUGUCGACUCGGCUUGCAGAAAAAUGCCGUGGCGUUGAAGCUCUGGAAGCGAAGAAGAAGGGUGUAGAGCUCGAGUUGGAGCCGGCACGACAGGAAAUCGCAUCACUGCAAAAGAGAGUGAGUAGCUUGGAACUGAAAGUUCAGGAAGAGAAGGCGUCGUCUACUGAACUCGCAGCGCGGUGCAAAGAAUUGGAGGCAUUGUGUAAGCAUGGGGACGAGCUUAGAUCUCAACUGAAGUCUGCAAAUUCACGGAUCAUUGACCUGAAUGAGAAGGUUAAAAUGCUCGAGGAUGCCAUCGAUAAGCAUAGGCCAGUGACAGUGGAAUUGGAGUCCCAACUUCAGACGAGACAAGCUGAAAUCGAUACCUUGAAGGAGAAUUUCAGCCUGUUAGAAAAGAAGCUGGAGAGCCAGAAGGACUUGUCAUCAGCUUACAUAACCGCACUUGGUGCUUCUGAAGAUGAGAAGAACAAACUGGCUAGUGAGUUUGAACUCAAAGUGAAAGAAGCUGAGGAAUUGCGGGGAAAGAUGAGUUUGCUGGAGGAGCAGAUUCACAAUGAGAAGGAACAAUCGUCAGAAUUUGCUGCGAAAUGUCAGAAUUUGGAAGAACAACUGUCCAGCAGAGCUCCUGGUGACCAACCAGUGAAGCCUGUGGCAAUCAAAGAUCUUCAGAUAAGAAAGGAGAAAGAACUAGCCAAGGCUGCAGGGAAACUGGCAGAUUGCCACAAGACAAUAGCUUCACUCAGCAGCCAACUGAAAUCCUUGGCCGAUUUUGAUGAAUUCCUCCCUGGAACCGAGGACGGUGACGCCUCGUCUGACACCUGGGAUGGUGAUACGAAGCUGCUCCAUCCGGCAAGUUAUCCUGCGCAAAUCGGUUGUUUGGCAGUCACAUGAUUGACCAUGUGGCACGUGGAUAGCGAACAUGUUUUGUUUGGCUUUCGCAUGAUUGUUCCAACAUCAUUCUGUGAUUUGGUUGCCAAGAUCUUCGCCCACAUGCUAUAUAGAGAUAAGUUAAUAGUUUAUAUAUAAGUAAGCAAGUGUUCAUAUGGAAGCUGUUUAUAGAGUUGGUGGAAAAGCCUGAAGGGAACACAUAUUAAAGAUUAUCUUUAUUC